UGGACGUCGUUCUACUUGGAACUUUCGCUGGGCGACAGCAGAACUGACGGACCCGAAUAUUUAUUUCGUUUCAAAAAGGAAAAGGGAACAGGAGGAACCUGGAAAAAAGCGAAAGAAAAGAAGAAAAGAAGAGCCGAGGAAUGCAAAUCCAAUAUCCGACUCCAAUCAACUCUCCCCAUCCGCUUCCCUUUCCCCGCAUCCCGCGCCGUUCGUCGUCGACGCUCGCAACACGACAUAUCUCAGCUCAACGGAGAAAAUUGGGGGAAGCGCUCAUUUAUGGAAGAGUUGGACAAGGGACAGUAUCUAUCUCUUUGCUGUUGAGUGGUGGGAUGGUGGUGACAGACAUCCAAUCACUUAACGCGUGUUUUCUUGGAGUUGUCUCAUCGCGAACAAUUUAUUGCUGCUCAACCAUCACCUUGAUCAAUUGAGGGGAGAUAAGGGAUUGCUUGCUCGGUUUUUACGUGUCAUUUUUCUAUAGGGGAAAGGAACGGAUCAAUUUGGAAGUGGUUCAUCUUCGCCAUUCGAUCAAUUUCCGGCCCGCCGUCAGUUUCCAAUAUACACAGAUUCCACACAAACUAAGUAAACGAUGCCACCACCGAUCUCCUCCACCUCCUCAACUCCCCACCCUCACCACCGCUCCCGCCGCAUCGAAGAUGCGCUGAACCAACUCGUCGACUCCCUCAUCCCCGUCACGUCGCCAUUCCUUUCAAACCCCCGCCGCAACGAAGACGAUGAAACUCUCUCCGAAACAUCGGUGGACGAAUAUGCGCGUCUCGAAGCUGCUGAGGCAGACGAGCGACGGCAUAGGCGCUGUAUGGAUAUGGCAUGGCAGAUUCUAGAUUCUCAUGCGGCUGCGGCUGCCACUGCUAGUUCUACGGGGAUAGGUGGCGGUGUUAGUGGUAGUGGCGGCGUGGUCUCAGCGGAUGUUAUCAAUAACGCUCCAGACCUGAUUAAACGCAAGUUGCUGAAGGAGAAUGCGUCGCCGGACAAAGCGGUGCGGUUCUCGAAUUUGUAUUCGCGGCUGUUGACACAGCCGGUUCUCGGGCAGAAAUGGGCUAUUUUGUAUCUGCUUUAUCGGAUUGGGGAGAACGAGGGCGUUUCUGGGAGGACUGAGGCUGGGAGUGGUGGUGGUGCUUCUGGGAGGGGUGGGACGGAGGCUGUUGGUGGUUAUGGUCCUGGAGGGGGAAAUGCUCGGCGCACCACCGUUACGACGUCCGUGGAGGAUUCGGGUUGGAAAAGGGAUGGGGCGAGGAGUCCGUUGAUGGACGAGCAUCAGUUGGACCAUAUGCUGUUUAAGGAUAGAUUUGGUCGGAGAUCUGUGGUUGAUGAUAUUGCGCCCGGUUCGUCGGUUUCUGCCGUUGGUUGGGAUAGUCCCUCCGCAGCUGCUGCGCAGGAUGGCCCGUCGGCGUUUCCUAGGAAUGGGAAAGAUAGGGAUGGAAAUAGCCCCAGGGCAGCGGAUCGGAAACGAGCCGUUGAAAGGAGAGAGAGAGAAAAGGAAAAAGAAGGCCGAUCUAGUACGAGUCGGAGGCCUGUAUCUAUCGCUACGGACGGGGAAUCGAAAUCUAGGAGUCAAAGUCAACCUGAACAGCGCCAGGAACAGCAACAACAGAAAAAAAAAGGAGAGGCUGAAGAUAUACCUGUUGAAUCGAUUUUAUUACGGGACUUGCCGUUCACUUUGCAAGGGGUGUCGUCUACGAACAUGAAGUUCGCAUCGCCUACGACUAUAAAACUACCGCAGACCCUACCAGUUCCACUUGUCUCCCUUCUACAUACGUUAGCAGAGCCUUGUCUACUGUAUCGUGGCUUGUCAGCCUUCGUCGAAGAAUCGGAAGGCGGCCUUGUGAAGCAGAGUGUACGAGCGGCUAUUGGCAAUGAGCUUCGAUCGUACCUGGGCUUAGUUGCCACUCUUGAAGGCGAGAUCAGGUCGGCAUUGACAGCUGUUUCAGACAGCGCCAUUGAGCCCAAGGGAACAUUGAAAGCUGGCGUCACCUUGAAACGAUGCGUUGUUUGGAUGAGAGAGGCCACAAUGGCUCUAAGGUUAAUGAGCUUGAUCGUGGAAGAGUCUAAAGGUAAGAGGGGCGGGCAGUUAAUCACCAUGAUUCACGAAUUUUCUUCCUCUCACGGCGACCCUUUCGUUGGGGCCUUUGCUGAGCGGCUUCUGGCUCAUGUAACUCGACCCUUCUACGGCAUGUUAACACAGUGGAUUUACGAUGGUGAACUUUCUGACCCGUUCCGUGAAUUUUUUGUUGUUGAGCCAGAGGCUCGACCAAGCGCUGAUCCGCGACGCAUCGCGACUAGCGUCUGGGAUGACAAGUAUAAGCUCGACGAUGACCUGGUGCCGACGAUUAUGACGCAGGAAUUUGCAAAGAAGGUUUUCCUAAUUGGCAAGUCUCUGAAUUUCAUUCGAUAUGGCUGUGGGGAUUCGGCGUGGGUGGCGGCGUAUUCGAGAGAUGCAUCAAAAGAAUUGAGAUACGGCGAUACGGCGACGCUAGAGACAUCGAUCGACGAAGCAUAUAAAACAACAAUGGCGCGCCUGAUUUAUCUUAUGGACUCGAAGUUCAAACUCUUCGAUCAUCUCAAGGCGCUUAAAAAGUAUCUUUUACUUGGUCAGGGGGAUUUCAUUGCGUUGCUCAUGGAAUCGCUAGCGUCCAACCUCGACCGUCCGGCGAACUCGCAAUACCGCCAUACCCUUACAGCACAACUGGAGCAUGCCAUCCGAUCAUCAAAUGCGCAGUACGACUCUCCCGAUGUCCUGCGUCGCCUUGACGCUCGCAUGUUGGAGCUCAGCCAUGGGGAAAUUGGGUGGGAUUGCUUCACCCUUGAAUAUAAAAUUGAUGCUCCAGUGGACGUUGUAAUAACCCCAUGGGGGUCGACGCAGUAUCUGAAGGUCUUCAAUUUUCUCUGGCGCGUCAAGAGGGUCGAAUUCGCCCUGGGAAGCACAUGGAGACGCUGCAUGACUGGUGCCAGGGGGGUGCUAGGGAGCGUCGAUGACAAAGUCGGCCAGGAUUGGAAACGUGCCCGCUGCGUGAUCUCUGAAAUGAACCAUUUCAUCAGCCAGCUCCAAUACUACAUUUUAUUCGAAGUCAUUGAAGCAAGCUGGGACCAAUUGGAAGUAGCCAUCUCGAAGCCAGGAUGCACCCUCGACGACCUCGUCGAAGCACACACCAAAUACCUCAACUCCAUCACUCACAAAGGCCUUCUUGGCUCCUCCUCCACCAGCAACCCAGCCAGCAGCAACAGAGAAGACUCCUUCCUCUCCCAACUCCACCAAAUUCUUAAAAUCAUGCUCGCCUACAAAGACGCCGUAGAUGGCCUCUACUCCUUCUCAGUCGCAGAAUUCACCCGCCGCCAAGAAUUCACUGCGAAGAUAGAAACACGCACCGCCCAGGGCCAAUGGGGCGUGACCGAAAAGGAUCUCCUCCAGCAAUCCCAAUCCCUAUUCCCUCCCUCCACCACAAGCACCACCACCACUCGUCCCGGUCGCUCAGACUCCGCCGCGCGCAGGGCUCCCGGCUCCGCUUCCGAAUCCCCCUCAACUGAUUCACCGCUUCCAUUCGGCGGCCGCGGAGGCACACAUUCGAAAUCGCCUUCUGAACCCAUAACCCCAACAGCGGCCGCGGCGCUACUUGGCGGUAUUGGCGUGGCGGGCGGUGAAGAUCAUCUCCUCCCCUCCCUACGCACGCGCCUGCGCGACCUCGCAGCGGACUUCCGCUCACGCCUUCUCACGCUCCUUGGCGACCUGGCUUAUCAGCCGGAUGUGGAUAUGCGGUUUUUGGGCGUGGUUAUGAAUUUUAAUGAUGUGUAUCAGAUUGUUAGGCGGAGGAGACGAGGUACGGGGGCGGCAAAGGAUAGAGAGAGGGAGAGGCGGCGGGCUGGUGAGGGGGAGAGUAGGGAGAGGGAGAAGGAGAGGGAGAAGGAGAAGGAGAAGGAGAAGGAAAAGGAGAGAGGGGGUGGUUGAUUCUGUUUGCAUUGUUGCAUUUUAUGUUUGGGGGGAGGAUGGAGUUUUGUUCGCCUACUUUUGAUGCAUCUUGUGUGUCUAUUGGGAGGGCUUCGGUUUCUGGGAUUUUUCUAUGAUCUCUUAGUCGUGAUUUCGUUCUUUUUUUCUUUUUACAUUCUUUCAAACUUUUUGACUCGCGAGCUUCUACAUGAUACCUUUUGGAUUUUAUUUAUUACAUACAUGCAUCUUAUGAUGAUAUUUUCUUGUUCAACGUAGAUACUUAUAUACAGUGAGGGAAGGCUGCAAAAAAGAAAGUUAUGGGGGAUGUAAGGUUGAGCACGAAAUAGAACCCAGAAGGCAAGAAUCCAGUGGACGCUUACUUUCUAAAGGGGGUAUACCGAGGAAGUGUGCCAUUCAAGAUUUCGUAGACGCGGCGAGGAAAAUUAAAUAAUGAAUGUUUAUUCCCGUUUGGGACGCCCCUGAAACGGAAAAGGUUCCCCG